AUGGCCGAUUUCACCAAGGAACGAACGUUUGAACUUUUCCAAAAGGAUUUUCCCCGAUGGAUGGUUAAUUUCCAUGAUCCGGUGGAGUUGUUUCGCCGGCAACCGAGUUACCUGGCGAGCCAAGUGUACUGCACCGUUGGAGCGUUAGUUUGUCUAGCACAUGCACUUCACCGUGGCGGUCGAUGGCCAUUCCUGUGGCUCGCGAGCACUUUCGCCGGCGUACUGAUAGAAAGUGCCGUCUAUUUGUCACCAUUCGGAGAAACCAUUUGGUUCGCCCCGACCGUGAUUGACUUGUUUGGCCAGCGGAUUCCGUCGUUCAUAUUCUUCGUGUAUCCCUUCUUCUACUACCAAGCGUUUUGGGCCGUUUCAAAACUGCAGCUGAAAUGCCGGUGGUCCGAGCACAUUGCCGUCGGGCUGCUGGUCGUCCUGUUUGAUCUACCGUUCGAUAUGGUCAGCGUGAAGUUUUUGCACUGGACGCUGCACGACACGGAGCAGAUGUUUGCCGAACGGAUCUACUCUGCCCCCUGGACGCUGUUGCUGUUCUUCUUCGGUAGUACCUUCACAUUUUCCUACGCGUUCCGGCAUCUUCGCAAGUUGUUCGAUGGUCGCCCAGCGCAGGCCACUGUGAGCGACCCGUUCGCCACCCGGAGUACGAUUCUGGUGGAGCUGGCUGCUUCGAUCGGAACGGCUAUCUUCUCGGUUUCGUUGGGUUCGACACUGUUCUUGGCUGUCAAUUAUCCUUUGCACACGUUGCUCGGUAUUUCGAACAAGAUUGUCGUCGUAGGAGUAUUUCUCUGCGUGGCAACCAUCUUUUGGAAAUUUGAUCGAAAAAGUAAUCGAAGGCUACCUUUCAAGCAAAGCUUCGUCGAUCACGUGCUAACCGGGUGUGCAGUGGGACACUUUUGGCUCUACCUCGUCGUGGCAGUUUUCUUAAACCCGCAAGAAGCAUCUUCGACCGGAAGACAUCAACCGAUUGGCGAUUGCCUGAACCCGCGCACCUUCCUGUGCCUCGAUUCCUUCCGUAAGGAGGACUUUGAUUUUCACUGCUUACCAAAACUACCGAAGGAAGGAUCGUACUGGUAUACUAUUUGUGGCACACCGUUUGAGCAUCGAGCCGAGUUCGUGUUUGUGCUGAUCGUCAUCACGUUCCUGGCUACGAUGAUCCAUCGUACAGUACACUACGACUACGAUGUGCGGUUUAAGGUGUAUGAAUUUGUAAAGAAAAAUUCCUCCACUGGAACAAAGGCAAAGAAACUUAAGUAA